AUGCAGCUCUCUUCAGCCCUCGCUGCCGUCGCCGCGCUUGCUCUUUUCCCCGAAGCCACCGUCGCGGCUGGUGCCAAAUGCCGGGUCGACCUCAAGCACGGACAGGCGGUCGUCAGCUCCUUCGAGGUGCUGGCAGGCUCGAGGAAAACCGUCAAAGAGGAAGGAUUCAGCUGGACUUGCUCGACAGAAAGGGACACCUGUAACGCUGUGAAUUGCAUUCUGCCAAAAGGUUUAACAGCGGUGGGCGUGCAGAUCAGCAGUGGCAAGCCCAAGGACAGGGCCGCCGAAGAGUCUGCUGCUCGCCAGGCAGCUGCUCCGAAGGUGGUUGCUCUUUGGCUACUCGAAAAUGUGUACUCUGGUCGAAAGUGGCCACGAAUCUUUAAGACUGGAGGUCAUCUUGGCAUCUUGUGGGGAGCGAGUGGUUAA